AUGGGCUGCUGCGCUUCGAAGGAAAAGCAACCGAGGCCGGAGGCCGCUGCGGGGCCCACCGCGAAGCCCGCUGCCGCCACCAAAGGGGACACGUCAAAGGCUCCCGCCCAGGCGCCCACGGAGAAUGUUGUGAAGGUCGAGGGGGUGGUCCAGAAACGGGCAACUGUGCCGGAGGAGGUGCUGGAGCGAUUAAGGCGAGUGAUGGAGGCACGGCAGGCAACCUACAAGUAUGGAAAGUGCACCGUGGAGGGUGGCGAGGGCUCCUCCUUUUUUCCUCCCCGAGGACUCUGCCACCUCAUUAAGAAGGGCGACACAUGGUUCCUACAUAACGACACCAUGAAUUAUGAGAUGCAUGUGAAUUGCAAAUUUAGCCCGGACUCCAGCGUCAUUCCUCUCGGCUCCUCCAUAAAAAAAGAUGAGGAGGACGGCUCGGCUAUUGUCUCUGCUGUGGUGUAUCCCCUUGAUACGGUUGAGUUCUUGUGUGGGGAAAAGGGAAUGUACAGGUCGGAUGUAUUUGCGCAGGCACUCUCAGAGGAGUACCGGCAGGGCCUUCAGGUCCUCACCCAAGCUGCCACGGAGGAGCUGCAAAGAGUUAUAGAAUUGGCAGACGGCUCGGUUGACGAAGAAGGAAUACUUUGUAAAUGUAUUGAAACAAGCACCCCUUAUGUGGAUCUGACCUUUCAGCCCUCUGAAAAGAUGCUUUACCGCCCCGAUGUAGAUGGCCGGCCCAUUGCAGCGGUGGAGAUCAGAAGGUCAACGGAAUGUCACGGUGUAAACCGGAGAAAAGUUGAUGCCAUUUGUGGCACUGUCAUUCCGCAGUGCAUUGAUCCUGGUCAUUUGUGUGAUAAUUGGCUUAUGUGUGCGGUGGCUGCCUUGGCAGAGGAUGAGGAGCGUGUAAAGGAGAUGUUUGCGCUUUGUAAACCAGAAGAAACGCACCUCGGUGCAUAUCGUGUUUCUCUCAACAAGAACGGGUGGUGGAAGAAUGUUCUGUUAGACGAUUUUUUGCCCACUGUUAAUGAAGUUCCAUGUUUUGCACGUGUGCUGGACGAUCCAUCGGAGUUGUGGGUGUCACUAUUACAAAAGGCGUACGCCAAAUUGCACGGAUCGUACUCCAGCAUCACGGGCGGGGAUGCCUCACAUGCCCUACGGGACUUCACAGGCGCUCCAUCGUACCGUUUUGAUGAGGCGUGGGUGAACGCCACCAAGGGGUAUGGGGGUGUUAAUGAGCUGCUGGGCAAACUCACUCGCUACCUGGAGGCUGGUAACAUUGUUCUUUUGAACACACCCGCGGGGAAGAGCACCAAGCAGAAUGCAAAGCCCGGCUUGAGGGACGGUUACACGUACUGCCUGAAGGAGGUACGUCAGUUCCAAAAUUUUGGCAUUACGAUGCUAAAAAUUCAAAACCCGUGGGAGCCGACGGAGCCGUGGACAGGGGCAUGGUGUGCGGGCAGCAGCGACUGGGACCAGUACGAGGAGGUGCGUCUUGUCUGUAAUCCGGACUUUUCUAUAAACGAUGGGUCCUUCUGGAUGGAGUGGAGCGACGCCACCAAGCAGUUUGACGGAUGCAGCGUCGUAUUGCUGUCACGAGAUCCGGUGUAUGACUACCGCGUGCGUGGUGAAUUCAGUUACGUGGAACCCAAUGUUGUCCUGAUGGUGCGUGCCGCCGAGCCCGUGGAGGUGAUGCUCACUCUCACGCAGUUGGAUAAGCGAGGUGUGCCUUUGGAUAUGCCGGAUGCGCGGCACUCCCCGUUGAUGAUCAGCGUCUCACGUGCCGAGGGCAAUAAGCAGCUGGUGCACAAGAACAGCUCGGGUGAUCCGGAGUCACCUAGCGAUGCGUUCACGUUUGUCGUUUCUCGCGAAGUUGCCAUGAAUUACAAAUUUGAGCCGAGCGAAGGGCCGUACUUUGUGCUUCCCCGCAUUCACCGCAAGGGAACAUCGGAGGGACGGCAGAAGGAGUUUGUUAUCGGCAUUCGUUCCUCCACGCCGCUGGACGGGAAGCUCGACAUUCAGUUCACGAAACUCAGCGCCACCAACCCCGCGCUGCACAACCGCGUGUUGUUUGUCGUGGAGGACGCAGGCGAAGUCAUUCGGCCGCUGCAGAAGAAAAUGCCGGGAGAGGCGGCAGUGACAAGCGCCGGGAGUAAGUUGUCCACAGCGAUGAUCCCUGAGAAGCAGGAAGAAGAAGAAGAAGAAAAGGAAGAGGAGGAGGAGGAACGGGAACAACAAGAACAACAAGAAGAAGAACUGCAGGAGGAAGAAAGGGAGGAAGAAGAAGGAGGAAAUGAUGUCGAGAGGAAACUCUCGCGACACGACGAGUACCCGCAGGAAGAAAGCCCAAAGAAGGCGCAUGUGAACGGCAUCGUGGACGCCAACGGCGUGGCGGAUGACAUCGCCGUUAAAAUGAACGGCCACGCGGAGUAA